AUGGAGGCCAAAUCUUCCACUCUCCUGGAGGAUGAUGAUCUCUCCUGUGCUGUAUGUAGAAAGGUCUUCUCUGUUCCCGUGGUUCUCAGCUGUCAUACCUGUGGCUGUAGCUUCUGCAAUCUCUGUCUGGAUGAGUUCUGGGAGCAGCAGGGUUCAGAAAUAUGUCCUCUGUGCAUUAUCGACUACCCUGGAGGUCCUCAGAGAAUGUGUGAGGAACACAGGGACAAACUGAAGAUCUUCUGUGUCACAGACCUGCAACCUAUCUGUGAUUAUCAUUGGUUCUGUAAAACAUGCCUUCAAGACAGCUGGAGUACCCAGGACAGUGAGGACGACUGCCACUUCUGCCCUCUAUGCUGCAGACGUUCCUCCAUGAAUGAGAUUGUGGUAAACACCAUUCUGGAGAAGACCUGCGAGUCCUUCAGGAAGGAGAUGAGCAGCAGGAAUAACCCUAUGGGGUGUAAGGAACACGGAGAGACGCUCUCACUCUUCUGUCUGGACGAUCUGCAGCCCAUCUGUGUUGCGUGCCAGACGUCGGCGGUACACAAGGGGCACAGGCUCUACCCCAUUGGGGAAGGAGGAACUCAAGACCGCAUUGAGCCCAUUGAAGGAGAAGCUGCAGCUGUUCAAGAAGGCUAUGGUCGUGAUCAAACGGCAGAGCACAUCAAGAACCAGGUUGAGCAUACUGAAAGGCAGAUAAAGGAUGAGUUUGAAACCCUUCGCCAGUUCCUGAGAGAUGAGGAGGCAGCCAGAUUGAAUGCUCUGAAGGCAGAGGAGGAUCAGAAGAGUCUGCUUCUAAAGGAGAAGAUUGAGGAGAUGUCCAACGAACUGACGUCCCUCUCAAACACCAUCAGAACCGUAGAGCAAGAGAUGAGGUCUCAGGACAUCCCAUUCCUACAGAACUACAAGGAUAUCAUCAAGAGAACCUGGCAUAUGCCGCUGGAUCCAAAGAUGAUUCCUGGGACUCUGAUUGAUGUGGCAAAGCACCUGGGUUCUGUAAAGUUCAACAUCUGGGACAAGAUGAAGAGCAUCAUUCAAUAUACUCCUGUGACUCUGGACCCCAACACAGCCGCUAGCUGCUUCCUCCUGUCUGAGGAUCUGACUGUGGUCCAGUGCUGCUCCCAGGUCUUCAAGCUCCCAAACAACCCCGAGAGGUUUGACAUCAGUGCUGAGUUACUGGGCUCUGAGGGGUUCUGCUCUGGCCGCCACAGCUGGGAGGUAGAGGUAAAGGCUAACACAUACUGGGUGGUAGGUGUGGCCAGCGAGUCCAUCAACAGGAAGGGCAAGCACGUGCUGACGCCAGCCGAGGGCUUCUGGACUAUACGCUUCCGCAACGGCGAGCACAAGGCGUGCACGGCACCGUGGGCGCCCUUGACCAUGAUGAGGAAGGAGCCGCAGGUCAUCAGGGUGGUGUUGGACAUGGACAGGGGCAAGGUGACCUUCUUUGACCCCCGGGAGAGGACGCCCCUCUAUACGUUUACAGACCUCAUCUCACCCCGGGUGUUUCCUUACUUCUGCACUGCCUGUAAGGAACACCCACUGAGACUGCUGCCCGUCAGGCUGUCUGCUGCUGUGGUGCUCUAGAGGGCUCCAUGGGGGUUCAUUACUAACAAGCAGUGGAGGCUCAAUUACUUACAGACAGAUCCAGUUGAGUUUACUACCUAGUCCAAGAUGAUGAAGGCUGAUCACUUGGGACCGUCUGGAAUAAAGCAUGUAAUGGUCUUA